UACAAUAAUUUACAAUUUCCACUAAUAAUUUUGUAGUAAUUUAGAAAUUAGAUUACAACACUUACAAUCUAUACUAAUAAUGCAACCUAAUCUGCUACACGAUUAACCUCACAACAGAUACGGAGUAAUAACAUAUAAACAGGCAUGAUGUACUCUUGAAGUCAUCUUAACCUGGAAUUUAAAAAUUUGGAAUUUGGGAAUUGGGACAAACGAAACAAGAAUCUGAGUUACAUGACCCCACGCCCAAUUAAAGAGCUUUGUGACCUUUAUUAUCACCGUCCGCCUCACGUCUUUUCAUACGUACGUAAAUAAAUUAAAAUUAAACAAAUUUAAACUACACACCAUUUUCUUCUCCUUCUUCUACCUUCCUCCAUGCAUUCACCAUUUCCCACCUCUUUUCUCCUCCCCCAUUUUUUAAAAAUCAUAAAUCAAAAUAAAAUAAAACUAUAAUAAAGCUGUAAAAAUCCCAAGCAUCAUGCCACUUUAACAAAAAAAAGGUGAUUCUCAUUCUCAUUCUCUUUCUUUAAUUUCUUUCCUUCAAUGGCUUUUGGCUUUCUCUUUUCUUCCCACUCUCCCUCCAUUUUUCUCUCUCUCACACAAUGCGCUUUCUCUGUAACACCGAUUCCUCCAUUUCCACCUGCAACAACACCUCCUCUUCUUCCUCAACAGCCAACCCUAUUAAGCUAACACGCUUCUCAUACUCCGCUAUCGACUCCGCAACCAAUGGCUUCUCCCCACGUGUCCUCCUCGGUAAAGGCUCCCACGGCGCCGUCUACCGUGCCGUCCUCAACAAAGGGUCCCUCACCGCCGCCGUAAAAAAACCAACCUCCUCCGUCUCCGAAACCUCCGAAAACGAAAUCAGCAUUCUCUCCACAAUCACCAGCCGUCGGAUCGUCAACCUCAUCGGUUACGCCGUUGAUCCCGAUAAAAACCUGUUACCAAUUGUUCAUUACAUGCCUAACGGCUCACUCUAUGACUACCUCCACGUAAAUAACAAACCUCUCGCUUUAUUGACCCGGGUUCGAUUCGCGCUGCAAAUUGCAAAAGCGGUUCGAACCCUGCAUAAUAAAUCGAACCCACCCGUAAUUCAUCGAGACAUUAAGUCUUCCAACGUGUUAAUCGAUGAGAGAGAAAAUGCAAGGUUGAGUGAUUUUGGGUUGGCGAUUAAAGGACACGUGGCAGAUGUGCGCGUCAUGUCCACGCCACCGGCGGGCACGUUAGGGUAUUUGGAUCCAUGCUAUCUUGCGCCGGGUGAUUUAAGCACUAAGAGUGAUGUUUUUAGUUUUGGGAUUUUAUUGCUUGAGAUUAUUAGCGGGAGAAAAGCGAUUGACGUGGAGUAUUCUCCACCGUCGAUUGUGGAUUGGGCUUUACCGUUGAUUAAGUCAGGUGGGUAUGCAGGCAUGUUGGACCGUCGGAUUAGGGGUAGGGUUGAUCAGACGGUGGUGAGGGAGUUGGGGUUGUUGGCGGCGAGAUGUGUGAGAUCAACGGCUGAGAAACGGCCACCUGUCACAGUGAUUGUUGAUUGUUUGAAGAAGGUUUAUAGGAGGAUUAAAGUUGAAGGGUUUCCUGUAUUGGGGAGUUUACGACGGCGCGUGAGGAGAUUAGAGCCGUCGGAUGAGUUUGACGGUAGUGAUUGGGAUGAGAGUAGAAUGAAGGUGGGUCCCACUAGAAUAAGGAAAAAAGGAUCCAAUGUUGACAAUUUGACUGAUGAGGAGAUCACUACACGUGGCAGGCAUCCAACGGUGAGAUUAAGAUCAAGGUCAAAAUCAAUUGGUGAGUUUAGGGAAAUUGCAAAGGUGGGGCCAGAAGCAGUAACUAUUGAUGAGAUUAACAGUGGUAAUAAUAAUAAUAAUAUGGUGGUGGUAAAAGGGAGAGCAGCUAAAGUAACAGUAAAAAUAUCUUCUGUGAGAUUAAGUAAAUCAAGGUCAAUGAGUAUGUUAUAUAGUGGUAAUAGGGUGAAGAAUACAAAUGGGAAGGAAGUGGAAGUGUUUCCAUUAUUAGUAAAAUGUAAUAGUAGUAAAUUAACUAAAACUCCCCAAUUAGAAAGCUAAUAGUAUAAUUUAACUUGGUUUAAUUAAGUAGGAUAAAGUAUGUUGGCAACUUUGAUUUGUGUAAUGAUAAUUGUACUAAUAUUUGUUUAAUUUGAUAAGAUAUGAUUUUUAUGUGUGAA